UCCACACUCCCCCGUAAAUUCACUCCCCGCAAGGCUAAAUUGCAUCAAGUAUUUUAACGGAUCAAGUAUUCACCGAUAAGUGCAUACAUUCUACGAUUUCUUUAAAUCCAGCAUAAGCCCCCACUUUCUAUUUCCACAUCCCCAUCCCCAAAAUUAAUCAACAAAGGAGCUACCAAGGGAGAAAUUAACAUGGCGUUUUCCGGCAGCGAAGGCAGUGGUUGUGCUAACACGAACAGCCUAGCCUUACAGGUGCUGACGGGCCGGUGGUUCAUGGUGUUCGCCUCCUUCUUAAUCAUGUCGGCAGCCGGCGCCACCUACAUGUUUGGAGACUACUCCGGCGAAAUCAAGUCCGCCCUCGGCUAUGACCAAUCAACUAUCACUUUGCUUAGCUUUUUCAAGGACUUGGGCGCUAACGUGGGCGUUUUAUCUGGGUUAAUCAACGAGGUCACGCCCCCGUGGGUGGUGCUCUCCAUGGGUGCCGUCCUCAACUUCUUUGGGUACUUCAUGAUUUGGUUGGCUGUGACAAAGAAAAUCUCCACACCCCAAGUGUGGAAAAUGUGCCUAUACAUUUGCAUCGGCGCCAAUUCCCAAACCUUCGCCAACACCGGUGCUCUGGUGACGUGCGUCCAGAACUUCCCAGAGAGCCGCGGCGUCGUUUUGGGACUCCUCAAGGGUUUUGUCGGGCUCAGCGGCGCCAUCAUAACCCAAAUCUACUUUGCCGUCUACGGCAACGACUCCCAGUCCCUCAUCCUCUUCAUUGGCUGGCUCCCGGCGGUCAUCUCCUUCGCUUUUCUCCGUACGAUCAGGGUCAUGAAAGUGAUCCGACUGCCCAACGAGCUCAAAGUGUUCUACGAUUUCCUGUACAUAUCGCUCGGGCUCGCUGGGUUUCUGAUGAUUAUGAUUAUAGUGGAGGCAAGGUAUCAAUUUACUAAGGCAGGGUAUGACGGAAGCACCGUUGCGGUGUUCAUAUUGUUGUUUCUGCCGCUGGCGAUUGUGAUCAGAGAGGAAUAUAAUUUUUGGAUGGGGAAGAAAAUACAAGCGAUGAAUGGAUCGACAAGUCAGUUGAAAAUCAUAACCAAGUCCGAAAAGUCGAACGAAGAUGCGGUGGCGUCGUUGCCAUCGUCUUCCGGCAAUGCUCAAAACUUACCAACCUCACAAAACCAGCAAGAACAAGUCUCUUGCUUCAAAAAUAUGUUCAGCCCACCAAGCAAGGGCGAAGACUACACCAUCCUCCAAGCACUCUUCAGCGUCGACAUGCUCAUCCUCUUCUUCGCCAGCAUCUGCAGCAUUGGCGGCACCCUCACCGCCAUUGACAACCUUGGUCAGAUCGGAACCUCCCUCGGCUACCCUAAAAAUGCCAUCUCCACCUUCGUCUCCCUCGUAUCCAUCUGGAACUACCUUGGUCGCGUCGCAGCUGGCUUCGUCUCUGAAAUCUUGCUCACCAAAUACAAACUCCCCCGCCCCUUAUUCGUGACGCUCAUCCUCCUCUUCUCCUGCAUCGGCCACCUCCUAAUUGCCUUUAACGUUCCCAACGGGCUCUACAUCGCCUCGAUCAUCAUUGGAUUCUCCUUUGGCGCCUGUUGGCCACUCCUCUAUGCAAUCAUAUCAGAACUUUUUGGACUCAAGUAUUACUCGACCUUGUACAAUUUCGGAGCGGUAGCAAGCCCAAUCGGGUCAUAUAUACUGAAUGUUAGGGUUGUAGGCUACCUCUAUGAUAAAGAGGCUAGGAGACAAUUGGCUGCGGCAGGAAUUGUUAGAAAGGCAGGGCAGGAAUUGAAUUGCAAUGGGGUGGAAUGUUUUAAGCUGGCUUUUCUUAUUAUUACGGCUGUGACGAUUCUCGGAGCGAUUGUGUCGGUUUUUUUGGUGGUUAGGACGAGGAAGUUUUAUAGGAGUGAUAUUUAUGAGAAAUUUAGGAAGGAGGCGACGGUGUUGGAUGGAGGUCCCGGCGGAGUGUUGGUGGCUGGUAGUGGUGGUGGAGAGGAAGGGGAUAUAUGAUUGGUGGUGGCCGGAUAUAUGUGUACGGGGAGAUAUGGUUGGAGGAAAUGGUAUGGUAUCUUGUUUAAUUUGCAAUUCUUAAGUUGAAUUUGCAGUUGUUAUCUCCUCUUCUUUUGCUGGCCUCGUCUCCGUUAGAUGUUUUUCGGAAUUGUAUGCAAACAUAUAUAGUUCUCAUUCAGCAUAUUAUAACAGUAAUCAUUUCGCCACUCCGUAAUUUGGAGUCGGUGGAUGUAUUGGUGUGAAAUGAAAAUUGAUACGAAAUGACAGCGUAGGAAAGAUGUAUCAGAUACUUCUCACUGGUUUUAGUUCAUUAAAACUAGUGAG